AUAAAAUAAAAUUCGGCUGUCAAAUAAUUUGAUGCUAUUUGUCAGCUAUUUGUUUUGUUAUCCUAGCAAGUACCACCAUCAAGCACUAUUUCUAGUUACGUAGGCAAAACGUUAUCCCAGGAUAAUGGAAGUAAUAGUUGCUAACGUUGAUCACAUAAAGUUCGACAUCGACUUUGCACUAGAAGAGCAAUAUGGAGCCUUACCGUUACCAUUUCCCGGAAUGGACAAAUCGACGGCAGCGGUAUGCGAAUUUUUCAGCCAGCCGAGCGGCUGUGCCAAUGGCCCUCAGUGUCCCUAUAGACAUGUUCGCGGCGACCGCACAGUCGUGUGCAAGCAUUGGUUGCGAGGGCUCUGUAAAAAGGGAGACCAAUGCGAGUUUUUACACGAGUAUGACAUGUCCAAGAUGCCCGAGUGCUACUUCUAUGCCAGGUUCAAUGCAUGCCACAAUAAGGAGUGUCCAUUCCUUCACAUCGACCCUGAAAGCAAAAUAAAGGAUUGUCCUUGGUAUGAUAGAGGGUUUUGCCGGCACGGUCCACACUGCCGCCACAGACAUGUGCGUAGAGUGUUGUGCAUGAACUACCUCGCAGGGUUCUGUCCUGAUGGAGCAUCUUGCAAGUUCAUGCAUCCACGGUUUGAGCUGCCGGCACCACCAGAGCAAACCAAGGAUGUAAAACGUUUGCCUGUGUGUCACUACUGCUCUGAAGUUGGACACAAAGCCACCUCAUGCAGCAAAAUACCACCAGAUCAAAGAGAAGCAGCCCAGAGACAAGAAGAAGCCAGAUACCGAUUACUUGGUUAUGUCAAACCAACCGGUGAACUUGAUGAUCCACAACGUCUUCAGCGUAUUAUACACAAACCAUUGGAAGAAGUCACUUGUUUCAAAUGCGGGACCAAAGGACACUAUGCCAACAAGUGUCCCAAGGGCCACUUGGCAUUCUUGUCAAGCCAGGCAAAUCAAAAUGCUCCAAACAUGGGUUUCAAAAAACCAAACUAGCAUAAACUUUUUUCUGGACUCAUUAGAAGUCGAUUUGUUUUAUGUAAUAAGAAAAAUUUAAGUAUAAAGAAGACUUAGUGUUGUGGAAACAGUGGUGACAUGACUAGGCAUUCGCGAGUACUAUUUAUGAGUGUUUACCAAUGUUCAAUAAACUCUUAUAUGUGUGUGGAAAUGAACAGUACAGAGAUUAUAUCAAUGUUAAAUUCCAAAUUGAUUUCAUUUGAAUCUAAAUCUAUUUUAUAUAUGGAAAUUAUGAAAUGUCCACAUUUUCUCAACAUUUAAAAAUGUUCAUAUGCAUUCUUUAUAAAAUGGCAAUGGUGUGUUGGGAUAUGAAGCAGCAGUUGGAAUAAUAUUUUAUGAUAACAUUUAGGCAUAAAUGCUUCUUACAGAAUUUAAAAAUAUUUAUUAUUAUGAUAGUAAAUAUUUAAAAACCAUUGUAAUAAAUUAUAUAUUAAGUAAACACUUACAUAUUGAUUUGUACCUAUCAGAGAAAAUAAUGUGACUAUUUAUAAUAUAUCUACACUUAAAAGGUAGUCAUACCUAAAUGAUAAAUAUACUGAAAGUAAAUUAUGUAUAUAUUUGGAAUUGUCAGGCAAUUUUCAUAUUAGUAUGGUCUUAUUCAUAAUGAAUGAUCGAAGCUUUAUAACGCCGCUAUCAGAGGCAAAAAAUGGUAUUCAUAAUCAUUCAAUUGCGUUAUGAAUUUUCCUUAUUUAAAACCUUAAAUUGCCUGUCUCAAAAAAUUGCUAAUUUUCAUUUAGAUGUGAUGCCUUUCAAGUGUUGAGCUAAAGAAUGAGUAUUUGAUUAUAGGUAUUAAUCUACCUAUCCCCAUGUGUCCCAAGAGUUAUGCCACAUGGAGGGAAAGAUGUUAAAUAUUGAAGAAAAAUUUGUUUACUGAAAGACCUCUUUUUGAUUGACGAACAACUUAAAAUGGAAUUGAAGAUUUUUAGAUAAUCUGUCUGAAGUGGUAAUCGAUGUUAUCGAGGCUUAUGAUAUGUAGCGUAAAAUGUCAGGUAUUUUAUUAAUCAUUUGGCGAGUUAGAUUCCCGUUUCUGACAAGCAAAACAAAAAGUCUUCAUUCAGUAAAAUUUUCAAUAUACAAUAUUUAUGAUACUUUCUAUCUAUGUGGCCUAGCUGUGGGACACCCUCUUUAUGGCAUAAUUUAUAAUCUUAUCCCCUUAUUCAUAGACUUUUUUUUAUUGAAGGAUGGAGCAUUGCUGUGAUAACAAGUCUGUUUCUCAGCUUUGUUUAUCUGACAGCUUGCUAUGUAUUCAGCUUUGUAUAUCUGCCAGACAAUUAGAUUUAAGUUUUAUCUCAAUAUUAGCCAAUCACAACGGCUCUAUGUCUACGCACUGCGAAGGCUGCCAUGCCGUCAGCACUGUGAAACAGACUUGUUACCAUAACAAUGUUCCAUCCUUAGAUAAAAAACGUCUAUGAAUAAGGGGGUUAAACUAUAGUCAUAGUAUGAAUGAACUAUGGGGAAAUAAAUUUACCUAGAUUUUUCUGUAAAAGUUCUGUAAAUACAUAUUCAAAAUGGUAGCAUAUUGAUGUACCCCUAGUUGAUUGUAUCACUGCCAACAACAUAUUAAAUAAAUGUAUGCGUUAUGAUA